AUGGACCUCUACGACGGAACCACUAACCCAAAGCAUCACCUGAACAAUUUCAAAAGUCGGAUGUACCUAGCCGACGCCUAUGAUGCUACUCGUUGCAAGGCUUUCCCGACGACCUUGACAAAGGCAGCGAUGAAGUGGUUCGAUAGUCUCCCUCCCAGGUCGGUCACUAGCUUCGAUGACUUCUCGCGUAAAUUUCUUUUACGAUUUUUUAUCCAAAAGGAUAAGGUGAAGCACGCACCAAGCCUCCUAGGAGUAAAACAGGAGGUCGGAGAACCUUUGAGGGAUUACAUGGAAAUGUUCAACAAAGCAUGCCUAGAAAUUCAAGACCUGCCCACGAAGGCAGUGAUUAUGGGCCUAGUAAAUGGACUCCGAGAAGGCCCCUUCUCCCAGUCCAUCUCGAAAAGGCAUCCGACCUCCCUGAGUGAUGUACAGGAAAGAGCUGAGAAGUACAUCAACAUGGAGAAAAAUGCCAGGCUGCGAGAGCCAAAUUGGCGACCUGGGCACUCUCACUCGUCAAAAGAAAAAGAGAGAGAGCCCAAGAAAAAAGAAGAGGUCGGCCCUGAGAGGCCUAGGAGAUACCACUCCUAUACUCCUCUACGAGUUUUUCUAGUUGAUGUCUACAGAAAAAUUUGUCAUACGGAAAGACUACUGUGA